AUGCGCUUCUCGCUGGAGUCCCUCACGGCCUUACUGGCCUGUGUCUCCGCCAGCUAUGCCCUUCAGUCGUCGCCAAUAGAACCGGACACACCGGUGUCCGAGCUGAUAUCCUCGGCAAAAGCCCAUCUGGCGAACGGUUCGCCUCGCGAGGCCUUGCCAUACUUCGAUGCAGCGAUCUCGCGGGAUCCAACCAACUAUAUUACCCUUUUCCAGCGAGGCGCAACCUAUCUGUCCGUUGGCAAGAACUCUCAGGCUUCCGAUGAUUUUGAUCGGGUCUUGGAGCUCAAGCCGGACUUUGAGAGUGCGCUUAUGCAACGAUCUCGCCUCAAGGCACGGUCCGCGCAUUGGGAGGAUGCCCUGCGUGAUCUCGAACGCGCUGGGAAACAGUCUUCGACGGAAUAUCAGGAACUACAGGUGGCGCAGAAGGCUGCGGGUCUGGCUUUCGACGCUGAGAAAAAGGGUGACUGGGAGACUUGUGUCGGACAGGCUAAUGAGGCCAUCAUGAAGGCCAACACAGCCCUGGCCCUACGACAGACGCGGGCACACUGUCGUUUUGAGAGAGGCGAUGUGGAAGAAGGCGUUAGCGACCUCGCUCAUGUCCUACAAAUAUCCCCCGGUUCGGUGGAGCCGCAUCUACAGAUGUCGUCCAUGCUGUUCUACUCGUUGGGUGACAGUGAGCGUGGUCUCGCACAAAUCCGCAGAUGUCUUCACUCAGACCCAGACUCAAAAUCUUGUAGUCGCCUUUACAAGAGGGAACGGAAACUUGCGAAGAGCUUGGAGAAACUACACGACUACCUGGGAGCACGCAAGUUCAACAACGCGGUGAAUAUCAUGGUGGGAUCCGGUGACGAUAAGGGCCUGAUCGCCGACGUCAAGGCCGAUGUCGCGGAGAGGAAAGAGGCUGGUCAUAUUCACCCGGCUGCGUCCAAUAAUCUGUACAUCUUCCUCGUCGAGAAGACGUGUGAAGCUUAUCGCGAGAUGCGCUUGACCAAGAAGGCUGGCCCUUACUGCACAGAAUCGCUGCAACUCGUCCCCCACUCUCUUCAUGGACUCUUGUUCCAGGCCCAGACCGAACUCAAUGAAGACCGAUUCGAGGACGCCAUUCGCACCCUGAAUACGGCCAAGGAACACCAUGGUCAAUCCCAGGAUGUUCAGAGUCUAUUGCAAAAAGCACACACGUUGCUGAAGCGCUCGAAACAGAAGGAUUACUACAAGGUCUUGGGCGUGAGCCGGGAUGCUGACGAACGAACGAUCAAAAAGGCCUAUCGCCAGCUGACGAAGCAACACCAUCCCGACAAGGCUCGGUCGCAGGGGAUCACCAAGGAGGAUGCGGAGAAGAAGAUGGCGUCCAUCAAUGAGGCUUACGAAGUCCUGAGCGACCCUGAGCUGCGCACGCGGUUCGACAACGGCGACGACCCGAACGACCCCGAGGCCCAACGCAGCAAUCCAUUCCAAGGCAGCCCCUUCGGGCCCGGUGGCGGGCAGCAAUUCUUCUUCCAGCAAGGUGGUCAACAGUUCAAGUUCUCAGGUGGCGGCUUCCCCGGUGGAGGAGGUUUCCCCUUCCGCUGA